GAUCGAUAUGAUAUGAUGCAUGCGAUCGAGAUCGAAAACACAGAAUCGACAAAAUGGCGACUCCUGGCGGAAUGAUGAACAAGAAAAAGAAAGAUUUCCUCGGUGUUUCAGCUCCUCUUGGUUACGUUCCUGGCUUGGGACGAGGAGCCACUGGUUUCACUACACGGUCUGAUAUUGGGCCUGCGAGAGAAGCCAAUGACAUCAGUGAUGACAGACAUCCAGCUCCGAAAAAGAAGAAGAAAGACGACGACGAUGAAGAAGAAGAUCUGAAUGAUAAUAACUAUGAUGAGUUUGCUGGCUACGGAGGCAGUCUGUUCAACACUGGACCCUAUGAGAAAGAUGAUGAGGAGGCUGAUGCUAUCUAUGAAGCCAUUGAUAAACGCAUGGAUGAAAAACGCAAAGAAAGAAGGGAAAAGCGAUUCAGAGAAGAGAUUGAAAAGUAUCGUCAGGAGAGACCAAAGAUUCAACAGCAAUUCUCUGAUCUAAAGAGGGAAUUGUCAGAGGUGAGUGAAGAUGACUGGCUGAAUAUCCCUGAAGUAGGAGACGCUCGCAACAAGCACCAGAGAAACCCCAGAGCUGACAAGAUCACCCCUAUGCCCGACACCUUCUUACAGAAGCAUGCCAUGAGCAGCGAGACCAUGACCAAGCUAGAUGCCAGACAGCAGGCCCUGGGUGGGAUAGCUACCCCCUUCCCUGGAGCUAUGACUCCUGGUAUGCUGACACCCACGGGAGAGUAUGAUCUUAGAAAGAUAGGAGAGGCUAGGAAUACGCUCAUGGAUGUCAAACUUAACCAGGUGUCUGACUCAGUCAGUGGUCAGACAGUGGUUGACCCCAAGGGUUACCUGACUGACCUUCAGAGUAUGCUGCCGUCCUAUGCUGGGGAUGUCGCUGAUGUCAAGAAAGCUAGACUCCUCCUGAAAUCAGUCCGAGAGACCAACCCUAACCAUCCCCCAGCUUGGAUAGCCUCAGCUCGUCUUGAAGAAGUGACAGGCAAGUUACAGGCAGCCAGGAAUAUUAUCAUGAGAGGAUCGGAGGUCUGUCCACGCAGUGAAGACGUGUGGCUGGAAGCUGCUAGAUUACAGCCUGGAGACACUGCUAAGGCUGUGAUAGCCCAAGCCGUCAGACAUUUACCCAACUCAGUCAAGAUAUGGAUCAGAGCAUCAGACUUGGAGUCUGAGACUAGAACCAAGAGAAAGGUCUUCAGAAAAGCUUUGGAGCACAUUCCUAAUUCUGUCAAGCUGUGGAAGUUGGCCAUUGAGCUAGAAGGCCAGGAGGAUGCUAGGAUCCUACUCAGCAGAGCUGUAGAGUGCUGUCCAUCGAGUGUUGAGCUCUGGUUGGCUCUAGCUAAGCUUGAAAACUAUGACAAUGCUCGCAAGGUACUGAACAAGGCUCGAGAAAAUAUUCCAACAGAUCGUAAGAUCUGGAUCACUGCUGCUAAGCUGGAAGAGGCUGAAGGCAACCAUACCAACGUGGACAAAAUCAUUGACAGAGCACUGUCAUCCCUACGUUCCAACAUGGUAGAGAUUAACCGAGAGCAAUGGAUCAAAGAUGCUGAGGAGUGUGAGCAGGCUGGCAGUAUUGUCACCUGUCAGUCUAUCAUACGUGCUGUGAUUGGCGUUGGUCUUGAAGAUGAAGAUAGGGAGACAACCUGGAUGGAUGAUGCAGACAGUAGUGCCUCUCAUCAUGCCAUAGAGUGUUCCCGUGCCAUCUAUGCCCACGCCCUGACUGUCUUUCCCAGUCGCAAGAAAAUCUGGCUGGAAGCGGCAUACUUUGAGAAGAACCACGGCUCAAGGGAAUCUCUGGAGAGUCUGUUGCAGAAAGCCGUAGGCCACUGCCCCAAGGCUGAGGUACUGUGGCUGAUGGGAGCUAAGUCCAAAUGGCUGGCUGGUGACGUGCCAGCAGCUCGUAGUAUUCUAGCCUUAGCCUUCCAAGCCAACCCUAACAGUGAGGAGAUUUGGCUGGCUGCUGUCAAACUGGAGAGUGAGAAUAACGAAGAUGAGAGAGCAAGAAGACUGCUAGCAAGGGCUAGGAACAGCGCCCCCACUGCUAGGGUCUGGAUGAAAUCAGUGAAGUUGGAAUGGCAGCUAGACUGUAUUGACAGGGCCAGGCAGUUACUAGAUGAAGGAGUCAAACACUAUGCAGACUUUGCCAAGUUAUGGAUGAUGCGAGGACAGAUUGCUGAGCAACUCGGCGAGCGCGAGGAUGCCAGAAAGACCUACCAACAAGGACUCAAGAAGUGUUCCCAUUCAGUUCCUCUGUGGCUUUUGGCCGCCAGACUAGAAGAGAAGGUUGGGAACCUGACCAAGGCUAGAGCCUUGCUGGAGAAAGCGAGGCUAAGCUGCCCACAGUGCCCUGAUCUAUGGCUUGAGGCAGUCCGAGCUGAAUCUCGUGCUGGCAAUAAGAACAUAGCUCAGGCUACGAUGGCCCGAGCCAUGCAGGACAGCCCCUCAUCAGGCAUACUAUGGGCUGAGGCUAUCUUCCUGGAAGCUAGACCGCAGCGUAAGACUAAGAGUGUGGAUGCUCUCAAGAGAUGUGAACAUGACCCACAAGUACUGCUGGCUGUUUCCAAGUUAUUCUGGAGUGAGCGUAAGAUCAGCAAGGCCAGAGAGUGGUUCAACCGUACCGUCAAGAUUGAGCCUGAUCUAGGGGAUGCAUGGGCCAACUUCUUCAGGUUUGAAAUACAACAUGGCAAUGAGGAGCAGCAGGAAUCAGUGCGUAAGCGCUGCGUAGAGGCCGAGCCUAGACAUGGUGAGCUGUGGUGUAAUGUCUCCAAGAACAUCAAGAACUGGAGAUGUAAAACUAACGAGAUCCUACCCAUGGUGGCAAGUACCAUCAGCACAGUCUUCUAGACAGGUAUUUGCCUACGGGCAAUUCUAGCUUUAUGUAACGUCUGUGACAGGCAUGACAGAGCUUUUGAGAGCUCAGUGACUACACCUGAUAAUUAAAUGUAUUUGUCAAAUCUUAUACAUCCGUUGUAAAUAGUCAAGGAGAAUACAGACUAGGAGUUUGGGGCCUUGUUGUUGAUAAUGUCCCUCGCCUUCGGCAGGGGCUGUUAUCAGCAUUCAUUCCUACAGCUAGUCUUAAACGGACUUAGUUAAAACUAGCCAAGCACAUAUUUAUUCCCUUAUUGUAUAUUGUUUAUUCCGUUUACAAUAAGAAUGUGUUAAAAAAAAAACAGGUGUCCAGAGCUAUGGCUGUGUCAAUUGUCAGCUUGUGCCCAUGUAGUUGUAAGGGAAGAUGACUCGGACAGAAGCACUAGACGAGAGAUUUGGACUAGUCCUAACAGUUUGCUAUGCCUCAUAGUGCCACCAGGUUGUAAAUAUGUAAAGUACAACUGUUUUGAGACAAAAUAUUUGCACAUCUUCGUCAAGGUACAUGUAAAUGGGGAAUGGCGAUGAAGAUACAAUUCAUUCAUCGUUAUUUCUGGUUCAAAUGUUACCAUUGAUGCUUGCUGUUGCAUGAGAUCACAUUACUUUAUUUUCUAAUCAUUAAUAAUAGAGGACAUGUAGUUAAGUUUGUACUAUGUAAUAGGAACAUGUCAGCCUUAAAUGUUAAAAAUGUUGGUUCUUAAAACAUUUUGCUGAAUGUUCUCAAAAUAAAAUGCAGAUUCACAUCCUUAUUUUGGGGAACUUUGUCAUUUCGUAUAAUAGGUGAACAGAUGUGGAUUAUUGAAAUGGGAACAUUUUUUUUCUCAAAAGAACAGAAAAAUACUUUCACAAUCGUGAAUUACUUUUUUAACAGAAUAAAUAGCUCACAAAAUAAGACUGAGAUUUUUGCAACAGAGUAAUAAGUUGUUUUUAUUUCCUUACUGUUAUGUUAACUAGGAGACGUCUACAAUUGUAAUUUUAAAGGUCAAACUGUUAAGAAUAAAUACACAUUGAAUAUGUACCUCAGUAGAAAAGUACAAAUUUCACUUGCACACCAAUGGUGAUUACACUGUGGUGACUACAUGAGCUACCGGUAGUCUCAUCAAUAUAAUACAAAUUAUGGGCUUGCCCAAGUUUAUGGUUUCACAAAAAUCCACAGACACUACAGCACAAAACUCUACCUACAUGUAACUGUAACAUCCUCUUACUACGCAUUCUGUGCUUACAGGAUUAGAGCAGAAUUUCCGUAUAUUCCAGAAUAUUGUGUUUCCUGGAAACGCACAGCAUUUACAGAGCUAGAUUUUGAGCACUUUUGUUGCUUCAAACCAAAAACAAUUUACAGCGACAAUGGAAAUUGGAACAGAACAUUCAAGCCCGUACUGUGAAGAGGGAUUUUAUACAAUUUAGACUAUUUCAAAUUGUUAGAGUCUUUGGUAAGUUAUAGACUUCAUUUUUUCUGUACAACAAUUGAUUUCUGCUAAGAUGAUACUUUACAAAUAUCAUUUUAAUGAAAAUACUUUGAUUCAUGUAUGGUGUACACAUUCAUUCUUUGUGGAAAGUUGAAUCCACAUACAUGUAAGAAACUAGGAAAUAUAGGACUAUCACGUGCACCAUUGGAACAAGUACAUACAUAUACUGUACAUAUAUAGAUUCAGCAUUAUAAUGGACAAUUUACUGCUGUAAAACUUACACUCAUAAAUACCUUAAACAAUACCCAGUCCUAGUGGUAGAGAGCCUGUCAUGUGGGUGGUUUUAAUAGGGCCCAAGACCCAAAUUCUACUUGGCAACAUAUUUUGUGCAACUUUCUACUCAAAUAAAUGUUUGAAAACUGUU